AUGGCCGGGGCCUCCGGCCCCAGCUUCCCUUCCUCACAGCCCCGUGGUGCUGUGCUGGCUCUGCCUGGCUCCCCCAUCAGCCUGGCACUGCCUUCCCCUCCGCUCCCCGAGAGCCUGGCUCGGCGCCUCACCCUGAGUAAAGGCAGCUGGCACGUAGCUCCAAACUUAACCGAGGGCCUGAGGACGGGCGGCGCAGCCAGCCCCAACCGCCAUCCUGCAGAGAGCACCUUUUACAAACUCGACUUUGCUAAAGUUCCAAAACUGCAGAAACGCCCAAGAACAGUACAAGGCCCUCCCUGCAGCUUCACCGGCCUCCAGCCUCCUGUCACCCGAGCCGAGACAUUCUUCUAUACGCGAGAAGCCCAGCCCUUCCUGAGGCCCUCGGAGACACUGCUGUGCUCCCAGCCGUUCUCCAGGACUCAACAGGGCUUCCCCUUAGAGGACCGAUUUCUUCUGCCUCCUCCUCCGAUUCAGCAUGCGCCCAUCACUCCACCACAGAGCUGCUUUUCUGCAGAGAGGAAGCGGCGCUGUGCCACGCUGCCCAACCCACUCAGGACAAGGCGGAGGUUGAGGCAGAUAACUUCACCAUGUUUACCGGUGGCGACACUGGCUCAGCAGCAGACCCACCUCAGGCGCAGGCCUGAGCCCCCCUGGACACGCAGCCACUCUGGGAGGUGGACACAGGUCUACUGGGCACUCGCCUGCUCCUGGCAUCACCCAGUUCUCCCGGAAGGUCUGAAUAACUUAGCCAAGGAGACCCGACCAGUAAAUGGGGGUGAGAGGUUGGACCCAGGUGGUCUGGCUCCUGCUCUGCUAUGUAGCUUCCAGGUGCCAGAGAGUAAGCCAGGACCUGAGGAUGGAGGCAGCAGGUGGUCCGGGCACUGUCUCAUCAAGAGAAAAGCAGGUAAACAAGAGCAAAUCAAUUCUUCAUCCAAUAAUCGCAUAACAUCAUCUACAAAAAUAUCCAUUACCAGCUUCCUGGGUUGGAAGAUUUGCGGCUAUAGCUUCAUCUUUGAAAGAGGAGGAGGAUGGGACCAUUUGCACUGUUUUAGGGAUGACCUUCAUGACAAGCCCGCUAGACUGGCCAAGACAGCCUCCGCCCGAAGUGGAACAGGACAGUCAGAACGCAGGGCAGGGCGGUUUCAGAUGUCCAAGCUUCACUCCUGCAGACACUUGGCACAAAUGCUAAAGAGACCCAGUGAGCAGAGGUCCUGUCUGUACCUGAUACCUGAUCCAAUAAACAGGCAAGACGCCGUCCUAAUCUGAUCAUCCCCUGUCCCUGUCUGAGUGA